AUGUUGUCUACAAUUACUCGAAUCUUACAAAGUAAAGACCAACGAUUUUCAAAUGAGAUUGUAAAUCCUGAAGCUAAGCGUCAUAAAUCUGUUACUUUUCUAGAGCUUGAACUAGCACUUAAGGAAUUUAUAUUAAUAUACCAAAAUCGUACUAUUCUAAGUGAUGCUAUGAUAGUUGAAAAAGCCAAAUUAUUAGCAAAUGAACUUAGUGUUCCUGAAGGCAAAUUACAUUUUUCUGCUAGGUGGCUUCAAAAAUUUAAGGAACGAAAUGGAAUCCGUCAAAUAAAACUUUAUGGAGAAGCAUCAUCUGUUAAUGAGAAUAUUGUUAUUGAAUCAUUACCAUUAUUGCAAACUAAAUGUGCUGAAUAUCCUUUUGAUCGUAUUUAUAAUAUAGAUGAACCUGGACUUUUUUACCAGUAG